GGUGCAGGUCCCUUCCUGUCUGCCGCACUGCCCUCACAGCAGUUCUGGAACCACCCUGGCAAAUAUUGACCAGCUCGGUGCUCUUCUGACCCCGCUGUCCUGCCGGCUGGAGGCCACGCAGUGCUGCAGGUCCUGGCCCACUCAGGGGCUUCUCCGUGAGCACUAGGAUGGGGCCCGCCUGGCUGUGGCUGCUGGGUGCAGGGAUUGCGGCCUCUGCCCACGGAGAUAAGAGUCCGGCGGUGGCCCCGGCCCUGAGCAGCCAGCUCUCAGAACCCGCCCCUGCCUACCUCAAAGUCACGCCCACCAUCACCAGCUUCGCUUUGCGUUUGUACAAGCGACUCGCAGCAGACACGGCCGGGAACCUCCUCUUCUCGCCGGUGAGCAUGGCCAGCACCCUGGCCAUGCUGUCUCUCGGGGCCCGCCCCGACGCCCCGGCCCAGGUCCUGGAGGGCCUGGGCUUUAAUCUCACUGAGACCCCUGAGGCCGAUGUCCACCAGGGCUUCCAGAGCCUCAUCCGUACCCUGCAGCUGCCCAGCCCCAAACUUGAGCUAAAACUGGGCAACUCCUUGUUCCUGGACCAGCAGCUGAAGCCCCGGCAGCACUUCCUGGACAGCGCCAGGGAGCUGUACGGAGCGUUCGCCUUUUCUGCCAACUUCACGGACUCCACCAGCACGGGGAGGCAGAUCAACGACUACGUGAGGACGCAGACGUACGGGCGAGUGCAGGACUGCCUGCAGGACUUCCACCACGACACGCUCGCCGUGCUCCUCAACCACAUCUUCUUCAAAGCCAAGUGGAAGCAUCCCUUCGACCGCUACCAGACCCGGAAGAAGGAGAGCUUUUUUGUGGACGAGAGGACCUCGGUCCGCGUCCCCAUGAUGCACCAGAAGGAGAUGCACCGGUUCCUCUACGACCCCGAGCUGGCUUGCACCGUCCUGCAGAUUGAGUACAGCGGGAACGCCCUGCUGCUGCUGGUCCUCCCAGACCCCGGGAAAAUGGAGCAGGUGGAGGCGGCUCUGCGGCCCGAGACCCUGAGCAGGUGGAGCCGGCUCUUCCUGCCCAGUCUGUUGGAUUUGCAUUUGCCACGGUUUUCAAUUUCUGGAACAUAUAACCUGGAAGAGAUCCUUCCCAAAAUCGGUCUCACCAACGUCUUCGGUCUGGAAGCUGACUUGUCGGGCAUCACGGGGCAGCUCAACACGACCUUCUCCAGGGUGUCGCACAAGGCGGUGGUGGACAUGAAUGAGAAGGGCACCGAGGCAGGGGCUGCCUCGGGCGUCCUCUCCCAGCCCCCAGCCCUCAGUGCAGCAGGGACACCGGCUUCGCAUUUCAACAGGCCCUUCCUGCUGCUCCUCUGGGAGACCACCACACAGAGCUUGCUGCUCCUGGGCAAGAUCGUCAACCCGGCUGCAGGGUGACCGGGGUGGGAGGCCAGGGGCUGACUCGCUUAUCUCUCCCCCUGCCAAAUGGAAGGCCAGCGCCAGCCUGCGGCGCGGGGCUGCACCAGUGCAGGGAGUCUAAUAAAGCUGGCCUUGGGCUCUGUGCA